GUUAAAAAAAAAAACCAAAUUUUUUCUUCUUCUAGUGUCUCAUCCUUUUGUGGCUAUGGCGCUUGCAGCGACAGGAAUGGCAGGACUGAGGCUCAAGCUGGAUUCAUGCGGAUUGAAGAGGACUCAGAUCGCAGCACCUUUGCGGCUGAGGGCGCAGCCGCUCAGAGUGUCCAUGAUGGCCAAGAGGACCAUCGAGCUCAAGGAAAUCCGGGGGAUGUCGGACGAGCUCAUCAACGAGACGGUGGUGGAUUUGAAGGGCGAGCUCUUUCUCAUGCGCUGCAAGAAGGUAACCCGGCAGGACUACCGUGUCAGCGACUACAAGAACAUGAAAAAGAAGAUUGCUCGGAUGCUCACCGUGAAACGAGAGCGAGAGAUUGAGCGCGGGAUAAAACCACGCGAGUCGAGGAAGCUCAAGGCCAAGUGGAAGAGAAGCAUUGUCUACCGGCCGCCACCCUCGCUGGCAGCGAUUUUGGACGCACAGAAGACGGAGGAGGACAAAGCGUGAGGCGGUCCCUCCUUGUCCAGCAUUUGUUUGCAUCUGGUAAGUAAUUUCGUUCGGAGUGUCCGUGCCUGGGGAUACUGUGUGGGUGGUGGAGAGGCAUUCCUUGCGGGGAUAUAUAGCUCUCUCUCCCCUCACACCACCCAGCACACACUCCCUCUUGGUUUCUCUUUUCUUUCUUUCUAAAGAAAUUCCAGAGUUUUGAACCAACGAUGAGCUGCAAGUCGGUGGCAAUGGUGGUGUUUCUGGUUUACAUGGUGGCGACGGCGAGCUCCAACUCUCUGUCGAAGGCCGUGAGCUACAAGACCUGCACGUCUUGCGGGAAUUUGCUCCCCAACCCGGCUAACAGCUGCUGCGUGCAGCUCAUCCUUCUGGGCUCUGCGGUUUGCGACUGCGAAAAGUACAUCCCCAACUACGAUGUUCAGGCGCUGCGGGCUGCACUCGUCGCUUGCACCGGGCUGGACGUGUGCAAAUUUGCUGGCUACCCAGCUAGGAAAGAUGAAAAAAACACAAAACCUUGAGGAAAGCGUGUGCUGGGGACUGAAUGUUUGCCUGAGUGUGUGUUGCUCUUGGCAUUCUAAUAAUGUGUUCUAACUAAUGUGUUCUGUGUCUGUGUGAUGUGAUCCAGAAUAAAGAAAUUUUACAAUAAAAAUGCUUAAAAAU